GUACACAGCGUGUGUAUGUGGAGAUCUGCUGGGCAAGUCAAAAGCAUAGAAGAGUUGCCUCCUUUCUCUCAAAUCUGCCAGAGAUAUCCCCCACUUUUUUAUUCUACCACUACUGGGGAGUCGAUAUCUGCAGUCAGACUGCCAGUGACUCUUCAUGUCUGUUUCUGACUUACUGUUCCCCUGUCUCGGUCUUCCAACCCCAGUCAUAUUUCUACCUGGAUGCAUCAUUUUUACUCCCCAUGUGCUAUAGAGAAGGAGUCAGGAUGCUGUCUUCCCAUGAAUAGUCCUCAGUAACAAACCAAUUGCAUUUUAGUUGGGCAAUGCCCGUACCUACCUUUCAGUUCACUUCUGGAUAAAAGAUUCUUUAUUCCCUUCUCCCACCAGGCGUUUCUCAAUUUCCCUUUUUGUUUUUUGAGUUGUUACUUUCCAUGGCGCCUCCUCCUCUGCCUACCAUCCAUGGUUGUAAUGUAAAAUUCUUUUACCAUGUCAAGAAAUUAUUAAAGACGCUGAUACUUGGAUCUCUUUCUAAAGCCGCAGACCCUGGUGCAAUGCUCUGGUGGCUAGGGACAUACCCACACUCAAUGUGUGCACAUUGGGAUACCCACCUCCACAUGCACGUCCAGCCACACUAUUGGGUCUCUGUACCAAUUGGGCAUCCUCUUUUCUCUGGUGCAAUGGAAAGACUGAGGCUGCUGCCAAGAGGGAAGAGUGGGUCCUUCAUUUGUGUUUAGUCUGAAUUACGUAAACGUUAGCUCUUCCCAAACCUAAACUGCCUUCUGCUCCUACCCUCACCAAGAUCCCAGGUCCUUCCUUCUUUCUUUCCUUCCUUCCUACUUUCCUUUUCUCCUUCCUUCCAUCCCUUCUUCUUUCCCUCCCUCCCUCCCAGUGAUACCCAUGAACUGCCAGUAGAGGCUGCUCUAGUUCCGUGUGAGGAAUCACCGGGUUCAAGGAGCACUCUACCCUGUCGUUUGCUUUACCUUAUACUAAUUCUCCCCCUGAAUAAUGUCUUAAAUUUCUUGAGAUGCCCGGGGACUCCUGGUUUUGGUUUUCAAAUGACUUGGAGAGAUAUGUAGGACCCCAGCUCCCUCUGAAAUAAAGUUUCCUCAACUCCCACCUUGUAAAGUCACCUUCUGCUAUCCAACGAUCCUCCCAUCGUCUCUGCCAAAAGAGACUUAAGGCCUUGAACAGUGGAGGAACAUCGGCCCUGUUCUGUUUCAGAGAUCAGUACCAGUAGCUAACAAUUUUUGAAUGUCUGCCCUGUGUCAGGCUCUGUUAAACACUUUCUAUGCAUGACGACGUUUCAUUUAACCUUCAUGAAUCUAUAGGGUAGUCUUAACCCUUCUUCAUAGAUGAGGACACAGACUCGUAUAAGUACCUUCUCUGAGGUCACACAGCUUAGGGACCUGAGAUUGGUGUACAUACCUGACUGCUAAGCCCAGGGGCUCACCACUCCUCUCUCACUGACCAGAUAGAAGAGGCCUGAGACUAUAGAUCAAGCGCUUGGCCUUAGACAACUGGCAGAACGCAGUGCUUACUGCUGAACUGGGCAGUGGAUCCUGGAAAUACUGGGGGGUAGUGUCUACCAGGGGGUAGGAAAAUGGACAGUUGUAGUGCCUGCAUGCAGCACACAGGUCUUGGUUGGUCAUCUGAGAUUUGCAUGCUUCCCCAGAUCCAGUUUGGGUGGAAGGUAGUUUAAUGUCACUCCACGUGCCUUCUAAUCUGGUCUAAAUGAUGGAAACCAGUAUUGAGUACUGACCGUACUGCCAGUAGGAGCUCAGGGGCAGGGGAGAUGCUGUGCACGUGGAAGUUGUACCUUAGGCCAAACCACAGAACAGAAAAUUGGAACAGAAUUAUAUAAAUCAAGGUCAGAAAUUUCCUGUUCAACCCACAGGGUGGAGUUUUCUCCAUUCCUAUCCAUCCUACUGAAUAUAAGCCCUGAUUUGAUGUCUGGGACUUGAAGGAGCAUCUGGUAGGACUCAGCUCUCAGCUCUCACCAUGAAUCUCAAGGUAGUCCUCGUGCUCCUGGCACUGUCCCUCAUCACCAUCUUUGCCCUGGCCUAUGUCUUGCUGACCAGCCAAGGGGGCUCCAGCCAGCCUCCCCGCUGCCCCUCCGUAUCCCACAGUGCCCAGCCCUGGACACACCCUGGCCAGAGCCAGCUGUUUGCAGACCUGAGCCAAGAGGAGCUGACGGCCGUGAUGAGCUUUCUGACCCAGCAGCUGGGGCCAGGCUUGGUGGAUGCAGCCCAGGCCCGCCCCUCCGACAACUGCAUCUAUUCGGUGGAGCUGCAGCUGCCCCCCAAGGCUGCAGCCCUGGCCCACCUGGACCGGGGGCGCCCUCCGCCUCCCCGGGAGGCACUGGCCAUCGUCUUCUUUGGUGGACAGGCCCAGCCCAACGUGAGUGAGCUGGUGGUGGGGCCACUUCCGCACCCCUCCUACAUUCGGGAUGUGACCGUGGAGCGUCACGGGGGCCCCCUGCCCUAUCACCGACGCCCCGUGCUGAUGCGAGAGUACCUGGACAUAGACCAGAUGAUCUUCGACAGAGAGCUGCCCCAAGCUACUGGUCUUCUCCACCACUGCUGCUUCUACGAACGCCAAGGAAGGAACCUCGUGACGAUGACUUCGGCGCCCCGAGGUUUGCAAUCAGGGGACCGGGCCACGUGGUUUGGCCUCUACUACAACAUCUCAGGGGCUGGGUUUUACCUGCACCCCGUGGGGUUGGAGCUGCUCCUAGACCACAAGGCUCUGGACCCUGCCCGCUGGACCAUCCGAAAGGUGUUCUUCCAAGGCCGCUACUAUGAGAGUCUGGCCCAGCUGGAGGACCAGUUUGAAGCCGGCCUGGUGAAUGUGGUGCUGAUCCCCGACAAUGGCACAGGUGCGUCCUGGUCCCUGAAGUCCCCGGUGCCCCCAGGCCCGGCUCCCCCUCUGCAGCUCUAUCCUCAGGGCCUCCGCUUCAGUGUCCAGGGGAGUCAAGUGGCCUCGACAUUGUGGACUUUCUCCUUUGGCCUCGGUGCUUUCAGUGGCCCGAGGGUAUUUGACAUCCACUUCCAGGGAGAACGGCUAGCUUAUGAGAUCAGCCUCCAAGAGGCCAUAGCCAUCUAUGGUGGAAACUCCCCUGCAGCAAUGCUGACCCGCUAUAUCGAUAGCAGCUUUGGCAUGGGCAAGUAUUCCACGCCCUUGACCCGUGGGGUGGACUGCCCCUACCUCGCAACCUACGUGGACUGGCACUUCCUGUUGGAGUCCCAAACCCCCAAGACCGUACGUGAUGCCUUUUGUGUGUUUGAACAGAACCAGGGCUUGCCCUUGAGGCGACACCACUCAGAUAUUCAUCCCCACUAUUUUGGGGGCCUUACAGAGACAGUGCUGGUCGUCAGAUCUGUGUCCACCUUGCUCAAUUACGACUAUGUAUGGGAUAUGGUCUUCUACCCCACUGGGGCCAUAGAAGUCAAAUUCCACGCCACAGGCUACAUCAGCUCAGCGUUCCUCUUUGGUGCUGCCCGAAGGUACGGGAACCAGGUUGGGCAGCACACGCUGGGCACCGCCCACACCCACAGCGCUCACUUCAAAGUGGACCUGGAUAUCGGAGGACUGGAGAACUGGGUCUGGGCUGAGGACAUGGCCUUUGUCCCCACGGUGGUACCCUGGAGCCCUGAGCACCAGCUGCAGAGGCUGCAGGUGACCCGGAAGCGGCUAGAGACAGAGGAGCAGGCCGCCUUCCCUCUGGGAAGCACCCACCCUCGCUACCUAUACCUGGCCAGCAACCACAGCAACAAGUGGGGUCACCCGCGGGGCUACCGCAUCCAGAUGUUCAGUUUUGCUGGGGAGCCUCUGCCCCAGAACAGCUCCAUGGAGAAAGCCUUCAGCUGGGGCAGGUACCAGCUGGCUGUGACUCAGCGGAAGGAAGAGGAGCCCAGCAGCACCAGCAUCUACAAUCAGAACGACCCUUGGGCCCCCACUGUGGACUUCAGUGACUUCAUCAAUAAUGAGACCAUUGCUGGAGAGGACUUGGUGGCCUGGGUGACAGCCGGUUUCCUGCACAUCCCACAUGCAGAGGACACCCCCAACACGGUGACUGUGGGGAAUGGUGUGGGCUUCUUCCUCCAACCCUACAACUUCUUUGACCAGGACCCCUCCUCCGAUUCUGCUGACUCCAUCUACUUCCGGGGGGACCAGGAUGCUACGACCUGUGAGGUCAACCCACUGGCUUGCCUCCCCCAGGCUGCUGCCUGUGUCCCUGACCUCCCUGCCUUCUCUCACGGGGGCUUCUCUCACGAGUAGGCGGUGCCUGGGAUGGGGAAUGUGUCCGGGGCCCCAAGAUCAAGGAAGCCUGGUGCCCUCUUCUCCUUUCUCACACCCUGAGGUCUCCUCUACCUCCUCCCCCAAGAUCCCCUCCACCCAUGACCCUCCCUUGCAUCCCCCUCUCUACUGAGAGCAUCCUGAGACUGGGAUGCUGGUGGGGGGGAGCACAGGGGUGUCUCAGCUUUGUCGCCACCAGACUUGCUGGGUUCCUCUCCCAGAGAGGAGAGGAAUGGCCAACCAGGAGCUUGGAGUGAUGGCCAAGCUUUCCACAGAAGACUCCCCCCCCUGCUACUUUUUUUCUUUCCGGCUUUCCCAAAUCUUUUUAGGCCUUCUCCUGGUCCCUCCUGACCUUCUUAGUCCCUGCCUUGGGUGUCUGCAAUGGGGAUAGUGCCCUAGAGGCCCCAGGGCUGUGUUCCUGCCAAGGUUAUGGUUCCAUGGAUGAGCUGGAAGGGGCUUUUUGACCCUUAUUCCCUCUUAUCCAAGCCCUCCUCCUUCUUUUCCUCUCCCUCUUGCCUACUGCCUCCUCCUGCUCCUACCAAUUCUUGUAUCCUGGGAUUUCCCUCCCAGCCCUGAGCAGAUGUUCCUCUGCCCUAAUGCUCCCCUAGCCCUCGUUUCUCAGCUUUAGCCUCCUCUCCUAGGCCUAGGCCUGUGGAAGACUCAAAGUGCAAGGGACAUCUAAUUUUAGAGUCUGCCCCGUGUGUCUGUCAUAUAUGGGGAGUAGGAGUUGCCCCUACUCUAGUCCUGGGUCAGGUGUGUGCGCUCUCCCCAUUUGUUUACCACUGCCUUCCAUUCUCAGCAGAGGAUGGUCAUAGGGAGAGAAGCAGCUCAAGUUAGCAUUUUAGGUGGUUUUGUGGAUGCAGUGGUAAUGAGGAAUGGUCCUUUUGUGCUAGGGCUGUGUGUGACCAGUGACCUCUGUAGGCAGCAGCCAACAGAGGAGGCUGGGUGAGCACCAAGGGUGAGAAGCAGGAAGAGCCAGGGACUCCCCCAAACGCAAACGACUGGGCCAGGGGCUGUCCAAUCACAUGCAGGCAUGCAAAUGAGCCUGGCCCUCUGGGGGAGGAGCCUCCCACCAAGUGAUCCCUCUGCAUGUCUUGGAUUGGGAGUGGAUAUGUUAAUACAAACAGCAGAAGUUUGGAAAUGACUGCAUGGUCCUUCCCUAGAGUACUGGUUAAAUAAAUUCUGGUACCACCUUACAAUGCAAUUCUAUGCAACUAUAAUUAUAUAUCUCUUUUUAUACUAAUAGGGAAUAAUCUUCCAAUGAAAAACGCAAGGUGCAGAAGUGUGUAUGGUGCACUUCCCAUUUGUGGUUUAGAAGGGAGGAGAAUAUAAACACAUACCGGGGUGCCCAAAAAAUGUAUACUAGUAGACACUUUGGUCAACUUUGCUCAAGCAGUAGUUCGCCAUAAUCAGAAGUGUCUGGACACUGAUGGUAACCACUCUAAGCACCUCUUGUAAUUGCAGAAGUCAAAUGUGACUUGUAUUCAUCUUUUGUUAUCGGUAUAUAUUGAGGAUUACAAUUUUAAUAGUUUUUUCCUUUCUUAAAAUGUGUAUCCAUUUUUUUGGCACCCUCUGUGUUUGCUUAUAUAUGCAUAUUCAGGAGAACCGGGUAACUCUGGUGCCUCUGGGGAGGGAACCAGGAAGUUGGGGACAGGGGAGGGAGGGGACUUAGCACUGUAUACUCUUUUGUACUUGUUGAAUUUUGAACAAUGUGACUGUGUUACUUAUUCAAAUUAAAUAAUAAAUGGGCCCGAACAGGA